AUGACUGCCUCACUCCUUACCCUAGAUGUCAAAGGCGCAUUUGACGCCGUGCUUCCCGGCAGACUGAUCCGCAGAUUACGUGAGCAGGGCUGGCCUACCAAUCUUGUUCUCUGGAUUGCCUCCUUUACUACUGGGCGAUCAGUUCAGAUCCAACUCGAUGGAGAGAUUGGCCCCUCAACAGACAUUGUCUGCGGUCUUCCACAAGGAUCCCCACAGGCUGUAUCAGCUUGUGUACUCCAUAAAGCAUACUAUGGCGCUGAAACCCGGUGGCCAGGAUAUACUCGCCCUGGGCCUUCCCAGACUUCGAACCGAGUUAGAGAACAUCUUGAGAAACUAACUAAAGUAAUACUAACAGGCGCAAGAGCAGUCCUUCCAGUUUUCCGCACAACCCCAAUAUCUGUCCUUUACCGAGAGUCUGGAUUCUCUCCACCAGAAAUUGAACUAGAUCGAAUAGCCCUUCCUGCAACUGUCCGCCUACGGCGUCUGGAUCCUUAUCACCCACUUCGAAGACGCGCAGAACAGGUUGCCAGUAGUGGCCGACAAACCAGCCGAUUUGCCCGCCGUAUACUGGCCCUCCCCAACUCUGAGCAGAUAAACCCUCUCCAAUACGCUCCCUGGCACCCUCGCGAGUCUCGUGAGAAUGCCCAAGCUCGAAUAGGAGCUCCCAUGGGACGCACUAAGAAACAGGCAGCGGCUAAUUUCACGUUCCUCCGCUCCUCACUCUCAUAUGGACAUGGGAAAGAGGUCUUCGACGCAGAAACAGAAGCUACCCUAGCUGGUGCUCAAGCAGCAAUAGCAUACCCAACAGCUCAAUUUGCUACCAACUUAUGGAUCUGCCUUGACAACUUGGAAGUUGCCACGCGCCUCCUAUCUCCCUCUACAGGAUCCUCUCAAGAGGUCUUUGAAUCCUUCCGCACACUUGCAGCCGCCUGGCCACUACGCGAGAGGCUUCCACACACCAAAAAUGGAUCAAUCCAAAUCCGAUGGGUCCCUGGACACACCAAAAUCCCUGAGAAUGAAGCGGCUGAUUUCGCUGCUAAAGAGGGAGCUGCCUCUGCUUCCCUCUCUCCAUCCAAAUCUUCAUAUGCCUCGCUAAAGAGAUAUGCCAAGACUCAAGCCCUUUCCGCUACUCAGAUACGGUGGCAGACUGUAGCGCCACAGACAUACCAAGACCUAGAAAUAACUACAUCUCCUAAGCGUCCUGGAGAGCUUCUGCUCAACCGACUCAAUCUUGGCCGUGUUAUUGCGGCCCGUACCGGUUAUGGAGACUUUGCAGACUAUCAUGAACAUUUUAAUCAUGAUGAUGCUCAUCUACUAUGUCGGUGCGGAGCACGAAAAGCACCUCUGCACUUCUUCUUCUGUCAUAUAGUUAAGAGACGAGCCCCUCGUCCUUCUGGGCCCCCUUCUGAGGUCAUCUCCUUUCUUUUAGGCACUGCAAAAGGAGCAUAA